UCCAUCUUCCUUCCUUCCUUCCUUCCUUCCAAUCCUCCUUGAUCUCGAUUUUUCUACCAUGUCCGGCUACAACCAGAAUUACGGCCAGGAAGGCUACGGCCAGCAGGGCUACGGCCAGCAGGGCCAGGGCUACGGCCAACAACAGGGAUACGGCCAGCAGGGCCAGGGCUACGGCCAGCAGGGCUACGGCCAACAGGGUCAGGGCUAUGGCCAACAGGGCUACGGCCAGCAAGGUUACGAGGGCCAGCAGGGCUACGGCCAACAGCAGGGCGGCAGUGUUGGGGAUUACUACGGUGGUCAGCAACAGCAACAGUCAUAUGACCAGCAGAACCAGUAUGGUCAGCAGCAGCAGUACGGCGAGGGAUCGCGUCAGUCUGGGUAUGAGGGCGCUCCCGGUGAGGCAGGAGAGGGCGAGCGUGGUCUGGGAGGUGCCCUUGCUGGCGGUCUCGCCGGCGGCUUUGCUGGUCACAAGGCCAACCACGGUAUUCUCGGCACCAUUGGCGGCGCCAUCCUCGGUAGCAUCGCCGAAGACGCCUACAAGAACCACAAGAGACACGAGGAUCAGCAAGGUCCCCCGGGUUACCCCGGUGGUCCUGGUGGCCCCGGUGGCCCUCAGGGUGGCAACCCCAUGGACAGCUUCGGCAGCUUCUUCAAGCGAUAGACCAACACCUGUCUGUUGUCCUGCUUUUCUUACGACCAUCGCCUCAUGAUCUUUCUUUCGCCGCAUCUUCUGAAUUCUUCCUACAUCGCUCAUGGCGGUCUUGAUUUACCAUGAAGGCCCCACAAUCCUGCCUUCGUGCUUCCAUUACUCCUUGUAUUCAACUCUGCAUAUAUUGUUAUGCCUCUGAUGCUUUCUUACUUGCUCUUGUCAUGAUACAGGGUUGUGGCUGUUAUGGAAUUUCACCUCAAAGAUACCGCAAUAAAUAUUUCAUCC